AUGGGCGACUUGGCCGUGCAAUACGGCUACUACGGCGCCGAGUGGGAAGGCGACGGCGUGUACGUCGAAGCGGGCGAGGCGCUGACUGUCACGGAUACGAAGGAAGGGUGGGUGUUCCACAUCUUGCCGGACGACACGGGGGCGUCCGCGGUGUGGGUCGCGCAGCGUGUGCCCGACACGCACAUCGUCGCGAUCGGCAACCAAUUCAUCAUCCAUCAAGUCAACCUGACCGACACAGCCAACUUCCUUGGCUCGAAAAACUUGUACGACGUGGCCAAGCGCAAUAACUUUUGGGACGGCAAGGCCGAGUUCGAUUUCACGGCCGUGUACGCCCACCGCCGAGAGGGCGAGUCGUACUACUACUCGACGCGCCGCCAGUGGCGCGUGUUUACGUUGGCGAACCCUGGCUUGAACUUGAGUCCGUACACGGAUCCAUUCGGCACAACGUAUCCAUUCUCUGUCGAGACGGCGGGGCUCCUGGAUCCGUCCGACAUCAUGCGAUUCCAGCGCGAUCACUACGAGAACACUACGUUCGACUUGACGCAAGGCCGCGAGUCUGGCCCUUACGGCAAUCCUGACCGCUACUGCACGUCUUGCAUGCGCUCGAAUGCGUUUGCGCCGGGGACACGAGGGAAGGGUGGAUUCUUUGAGCGAGCCAUCUCGCUGUACCGGACGUCGUACUCGUACGUGACUGUAGCCAACCCCAACAACUCCAACCUGGGUCUCCUUUGGUUUGGCCCAUACGCGCCCCACGCCACGUCCUACAUGCCGAUCUACACCAAAGUGAGCGAGGUCCCCGCUUUGACCAACCACGGCACCCUCCUCCGCUUCGACUUUAACGUGUCUUUCUGGCUCAACGCCCUCAUCGGCAACUACGCCGGACACUACUACAAACACGCGAUGCCAGCGGUCUCGGCGGUACAGCUCGCUGUCGAGAAGCAGGCUGCCACCGCUCAAGCCGACGUCCAAGCCAAGGCCGUGUCGAUCUUGGCGACCGACGGCGAAGCGGCCAUGGUCGCCCACCUGACCGCGAGCAGCGACAAGUUUGCCAAGGCGGCCCACGACGCGUUCUACGCGCUGUUCCUGGACGUCGUGACGAGGUUCCACGACGGGUCGAUCUUUUCCGACUUUGCGGCUGAAACGAUGCGCGUGACAGCGAUGGGGUAUCCGAGUUGGUGGCUGAAAGAGGUGGGGUACUAUGGCCCCGAGAACGCUGCAGGGACGGGAGCGUUCGUGUUGGGCGUGGUUACGGCGGCCGCGCUGAGCGUGGGUCUGGGCUUUUGGUUGGGCCGCCGCACGACCAAGGCCAAGGGCUAUGCCUUCAUCAAGUAG